UUUUACUUACAUUUUUUUGGAAAACUAUAUAUUCGUAUACCUCCAUAAUCUAGGGGUUUUCUCUUCAUCGAAACGCCCUCAACCUCAAGCUUGUAGCUGACCACUCUGGUUGAAGGAGGGUGAAAAUGUCCCAUAGGAAGUUCGAGCACCCGAGGCAUGGUUCUCUUGGUUUCCUCCCAAGGAAGAGAGCUGCUCGCCACAGGGGAAAGGUGAAGGCAUUCCCUAAGGAUGACCCAACCAAGCCUUGCAGCCUGACAGCCUUCCUGGGUUACAAGGCUGGCAUGACCCACAUUGUCAGAGAUGUCGAGAAACCUGGAUCAAAACUUCACAAGAAGGAGACAUGUGAAGCUGUCACCAUGAUUGAAACACCACCUAUGGUAAUUGUUGGUGUCGUUGGGUAUGUGAAGACUCCUCGUGGUCUUCGCUGCCUGAAUACAGUUUGGGCUCAGCACUUGAGUGAGGAGGUAAAGAGAAGGUUCUACAAGAAUUGGUGCAAGUCAAAGAAGAAGGCAUUUUCCAAAUACUCGAAGAAGCUGGAGACUGAUGAGGGGAAGAAAGACACCCAGGCACAGCUGGAAAAACUGAAGAAAUAUUCUUGUGUCAUUCGUGUCCUGGCUCACACUCAGAUAAGGAAAAUGAAGGGAUUGAAGCAAAAGAAGGCACACAUGAUGGAGAUACAAGUGAAUGGUGGAACUAUAGCCCAGAAGGUUGAUUUUGCAUAUGGUUUCUUUGAGAAACAGGUCCCCAUUGAUGCUGUUUUCCAAAAGGAUGAGAUGAUUGACAUUAUUGGUGUCACCAAAGGUAAAGGGUAUGAAGGUGUGGUUACACGAUGGGGAGUCACCCGGCUUCCUCGCAAAACCCACAGGGGACUUCGUAAGGUCGCCUGUAUUGGUGCAUGGCAUCCUGCUAGAGUUUCCUUCACAGUUGCUAGGGCUGGACAGAAUGGAUACCAUCAUCGAACUGAACUGAACAAAAAGAUCUAUAAGCUUGCCAAGGUUGGGAAAGAACACACAGCCUCCACUGAGUUUGACAGGACUGAGAAAGAUAUUACACCAAUGGGUGGAUUCCCUCACUAUGGUGUAGUAAAGGAUGAUUACUUGAUGAUCAAAGGUGGGUGUGUGGGUCCUAAGAAAAGGGUUGUGACUCUUCGUCAAUCUCUCCUCAAACAGACAUCUCGUGUUGCCCUCGAGGAGAUUAAGCUCAAGUUUGUGGAUACCUCAUCCAAGUUCGGACAUGGACGUUUCCAGACCACCGAGGAGAAGCAGAAGUAUUACGGUCGGGUCAAGGCCUAAAUUAUUUACUGAAAAGUAUUUACAGUACAUUAUUUGCCUUCUAUUGGUCGGCUCAUUUUUGCACUAGUCUUAGAUAGCUUAGUUUUAUGCUCAACUUGUUCGGCGUGACAGUUUUUGAGAGUGACAUUGUUGUAUCGAGUUGUAAUCUGAUGAUUGAAUUUUCAUUUUUUGCAAAUUGCUUUUUAACCCAA